CUUUUAUUUUGUUCUGAUCAUAUGAUGUCAUAAGACUGUGCCACGGGUGAAGAAAAAAGUAAAACUGGUGAAGCACGUGACACUAUUAUUAAGGAUGGCUUUUAUUAAAGAAGAGAGUGAAGAUGUGAAGAUUGAAGAAACAUUCAGAGUCAAACAAGAAGAUAAUGAGGGGCAAACAGACCUGAUGCCACUGAAAGAGGAGAGUCAAAAACUCACUGAUAUGGAAGAAAAAUAUGAGAAACCUCAUCAUUUCAUGACUGGAGAAAAAUGUUUAACUGACUCAAAGAUCGAAAAGACGUUCCCACAAAACAAUGGAGCUAGAAACAUUAAAGCCCACUUGAAAGUUCAAACUGGAAAGGGCCCUUUCACUUGCCAACAGUGUGGAAGAAGUUUCAGUCACAAAAGAAGCCUUAACAGACACAUGAACAUUCACACCGGAGUGAAGCUUUUCCCCUGCCAACAGUGUGGAAAGACUUUCUUUGACAGAAGAAACCUUGAUGGCCACAUGAAUGUUCACACUGGAGAGAGACCUUUCACCUGCUCUCAGUGCGCAAAGAGUUUUACGCAGAAAAAACACCUUAAUGCCCACGAGAGGCUUCACACUGGACGGGGCCUGUACACCUGCAAACAGUGUGGGAAGAAUUUUUCACAAAAAGGAAAUCUUAAGACUCACAUGAGAGUUCACACAAGAGAAAAGCAGUUCACAUGCGAUCAGUGUGGAAAGAGUUUUGCACACAAAAAAGACCUUAAUGUCCACAUACAGCAUCAUACAAGAGAGAUUUCUUACAGAUUUAAAGAAAACCUUAACCAUGACAUUAGGAUUCACACGAGAGAGGGGUUUCUGUGUCAUCAGUGUGGAAGGAGUUUCAGUGACAGUAAAUGCCUUAAGAAUCAUGUAAUGACUCACGCUGGAGAGAAGCCCUUCAUGUGCCAUCACUGUGGAAAGACUUGUGUAAGCAGAACAAACCUUGACAUUCACAUUAGAGUUCACACUAGAGAGAAGCCGUUCACCUGCCCUCAGUGUGGAAAGAGUUUCCCGUACAAAGGAAACUUUAAGAUUCACAUAAGAAUUCACACUGGAGAGAAGCCUUACAAGUGUCUUCAGUGUGAAAAGAGUUUCAUGUAUCACUCAGGCCUGAGACGUCAUUUACAGUCUCAUUCUGGAGAGAAAUUGCAGUGUUCCUCAGUGUGACUACGGGUUUUAGAAACUGAGCCAGAUGCAUUCAUUCUGAAGGAUGUUGGUUCAGUUGUGAUUAGUGUAAUACUGUUAUUAGUUCUUUGCCAUCACAUUUAACAGACACAUAUGAAAAGACUUAAACGUGAACCCCUUUUUGUUUGUGUUCCCUGUGAAACAGCAAAGCAACAGAAAAUGCAUAUCUGUGUGAAAUUAAGGCUCUGUUCACACCACAGCUAAAUGUGGGCUACAUCUGAUUGUCCACUUCUUUUAUUUGCAUACUUCACUUCUUUAUAUUUGUCCACUUCAUACUUUCACACUUAAAAGAUUUGUUAUUACAAAUAAAAGGA